CGCUCCCCCGAAGUAAAUACACCAUAAACCGCGCGAUUCGAGUGUCGACCACACAAAUAUUAAUUUAUAAACUUAUUUCAGUGGGAUUUAGCUAGUUUUGUUUACGAAACCAAACAGACAUUUUUAAAAGUAUAAAAUUGUAUGAAGAUAUUAAUUUUUUCGGGAUAGUUAAGAAAAAUGAUAACUAGUACAAAACUAUACAUAAAAAAAGUGAAAAAGCGAGUUCUUUAAGAAGAUCAUAUGUAUAACUAAUUGUUCUACAACUUCAAUAAAAUCGUAUAAACAUAUUAAAUAAUUAGGUGGUCAUCUAUAGCAAGAUGAACAAUCGGUUUAUAAAGCAACAAGAUGACUUCCGUCGAAAUGUUACCGCUACAAAUCCUGGACUCCGUAAUCCAUAUUGAAUGAUUAAGAAAUUCAACAACUAUUAAAUUUAUUAUUAAAACUAUAAAUGACUAAUAAACAUGAUAGACACCAUUAAAAAUUUCAUAAUAGUAAAACCGCUACUUCUGAAAUGAUAUUUUCAUGAUCAUCUCAUCUAAAUUCUGCAAAAAUGAAGCAUAAUACAAAAUUAAAACGAAUACGCCUAAAAAGAAGCAGUUUUUCGGUGCUUAUUAAGACACUUGACACUUUGUGUUUGCCAAUGAAAUGGACGAUGAAAUUAAAAAGCGGUCACCACUUUUUAUAAUUCUGUAAAACAGUAAUAAAAAUUAAUAGAGUCGAUAAAAUGUGCUGCGGUCCAUUAAGUGGAUCGUCCCGAAUAGGUCUCUUUUUUGGAUUUUUAGCGCUCGUCACUCUAUUAACAGCAUUUGUAAGCGGAAAUUGGAUAUACACAAAGGAACCAGUACGACUGCCAAAUUCGGAAAUUACCACUUCAAUCAGCUUCCGCAUUGGUCUGUGGCGGGUGUGCCCUUAUGUGAAGAAAAUUAAUUCAACGACGAUUCAUGUGCCAUCGCCAGCCUGUGUUUUGGUCAAAUAUUCCGGCUGGAAGCACAUCCAUGCGGCAGACCUGGGAGUUACAUGGACACAACUUGAAAUGGCACCAAUUUUUAUUACGAAAAUGAGAAUAACCUUGGAAAAGGUUCUAGAAGAUGCAGAAAUGGUUAGAAGACUAAAAGGCCUCUCACUAGGAACUGGUUUAAUAGUGUUUGCGUCGGUUUUGUCAGAGACGCUAUUAGAGGCAACGGAGUACCAGAGCAAAAUUUCCUCGUCCGCUGGAUAUAAUUACGAUUACCGCUACGGCUGGUGCUACAUUACAGCAGGAGCGGCCUUUGUCAUGACGAAGAUUGCUGCCGUCUUCUCCCUCACGGGUUACUUGAAGAAAUUUCCAACCGUUGAUGAAAUGGUACGAGUUAUGGUACCAGGUGCUGAUCGAAAAUUGAAAGAACAUCAGAGAUUAUCAUGUGAUUAUGUAAUGACUCAUACUUACUCUCCUAAUCGUUCUGUUUAUGCGAACAUGGACCACAAGCAGGCGAAACACGACUCCGAAUAUGGACCUCUAUUGAGCAGAACGCCCCCGGACGUUUGCUCGACAAACAAACUUUUAGAACUAACCCCUACGAGUAGUUCAAAAAGUUCGACGGAUAAAAAAGACGAAAUCAUUAACAGUAAACCAUCAAACUCGGCUAAUAAUUUUUACGGUCAAACCGUUCCCAUCCAAAUUAAAAACUACAGUCACAGCAGCUUAAAUUAUUGUAACGCUUUUCCCCAUUCGAACAGCCUUAAAUAUGGAACUAUGCCCCACGGCGGUACUUUAGUACAUGAGGGCUUUCUGGGCGUUUCAGAACUGGGUAGCUCGAGCUCAAACAGUUCAAGUAGUUUCUCCGUUAAAAGUAAAACGUUACAACAUCCCAGACAGAAAAAAAGAACUAUCAAAUUUGAAGCUUUUCAGUGUCCUGAAAGCGGUUAUGUUGACUUUAGUAAAAGAACUACCACCUUUUCCUACUCUGGAAGUGCCGUAUGACGAACUGAAAUUGUUAAAGUGAAAAUACAAUAGUGUAAUUUGAUUUACAGAAGAACUGUUGUGCUAAUAAGUGUACGUAAUAAUUACAAAUAAACGCUGUUAGAGUCCGCUCACUUAGAGAAAGGUACACGAUGCCAGAUCGAUGUGUGCAAACUGUUAUAAUGGGCGUAACUGUUAGAAAUUUACGACGCCAGAGGCUUAGGCCACUUUCACACAAGGCGAUAUCGACACGGUUUACUGCACGCGAUUUGUCGUAUCGUAUCGCUUUUAAUUAUGCAACUUCAUACUGUUUCGGCAACGUUCCAAGUUGAAAUACAAGCCUACCUAUCCUCUCACUGUUGUCUGGUUUAAUUGAUUGUAUCUAAUGGAGUGAAAAACAGUAAUUCUAUUAAAUCGACUAUUUUGUAAUUGAAUAUUUUUUUCUUUGAGAAAGACAUGUUAAUGAGUAUUGGCAACCGUGGACAACGAUUGGUGCAACACACGAUAUGUGUCAAAGCGUACAUUUGGCUACAUUAAAUAUUACGUGUCGUGCAGUAUUUUUAUCGCACUAUUUGUUAAUACAAAUCGGAAUAUAUUUGCGAUAUUUUUCACUUCAAGGAUUUUAAUAUCGGAUCGCAUCAGUGUUAAAGCGUUCGCUUUAAAUACAUUUAUUUUGGAUAUACUUUUGUGUUGUUGCGAUUUACCGCAUGCGGUAAAUCGUGUCGUUAUCGCACUGUGUAAAAGUGGCCUUACGGUUGGGUUUUGAUCCGAAACAUCUGACGGUAAGCGACCGGCCAUACUGCGGGGACAGCCAGCUACCGAUGCUUCGUUUAUACGCAUCAUCCACCCUGUAUUUUUCUCUAAGUGAACGAACAAUAUUCUCUCUUCCUUUUACUGAUAGAACAGUGCUCAGGUAAGGACUCAUUGUCAAAUAGAAGGUAAGUGACUUCCUUAUUACGGGAAUUGUUUUGACAUAUCUAAAUCUAAGUAUCCAAAAUGGGGUCACAAUUUGAAUUUAGUAGUUACAAUUGUCAGGUUACCAUUUCUUCUAAAUAUUGUGUACAUUUUUAAGAAGAAUGCAUCAAUAACAGAACAUGCAGUAUCUAUAACAAAUAAUGGCGGCUGUAACAUAACCUAAAUUGUGACACCAUGUUGGUUUUACACCGUUGGAAUAUCCCAAAACAGUCUGUUAGAAAUGUCAUUAAUCUAUAUUAUGCACUUGUUUAUUACCUGGGCAUUACUCUACGCAAAAAUAAUCAAAUUGAAUGUUAACAAGAAGUGAUAAAUACACUGUUCUAACAUAUUAAUCUAAAUGUUGCUAAUUACUCAAUUAUUAUGUACUAAUUUUAUUCUGAUUUUGUUUGGAACUUUUUAAAUAAUAACUAGUAAAUAACUAAUGGGUUAUUAAAAAAGAUGAACUUUCUUUUAAUCAACAACUUUAAUUAAAAGUGAGCACCUAAUAGUUAAAACACGAAUUGUUAAUUUUUUAUUAUAUAUCAAUAAUUAUUGUUGCCUACAUAUUUAUACGAAAAAAAAGUAAUACAUAGAAAAUGUUGUCGU